AUGGAGGUGAAGCAGGAGGUGAUGAAGGUGAAGCAGGAGGUGAUGGAGGUGAUGGAGGUGAUGAAGGUGAAGCAGGAGGUGAUGGAGGUGAAGCAGGAGAUGAUGGAGGUGAAGCAGGAGGUGAUGGCGGUGAAGCAGGAGGUGAUGGAGGUGAAGCAGGAGGUGAUGAAGGUGAAGCAGGAGGUGAUGGAGGUGAAGCAGGAGGUGAUGGAGGUGAUGGAGGUGAUGGAGGUGAAGCAGGAGAUGAUGGAGGUGAAGCAGGAGGUGAUGGAGGUGAAGCAGGAGGUGAUGGAGGUGAUGGAGGUGAAGCAGGAGAUGAUGGAGGUGAAGCAGGAGGUGAUGGAGGUGAAGCAGGAGGUGAUGGAGGUGAAGCAGGAGGUGAUGGAGGUGAUGGAGGUGAUGGAGGUGAAGCAGGAGGUGAUGGAGGUGAAGCAGGAGGUGAUGGAGGUGAAGCAGGAGGUGAUGGAGGUGAUGGAGGUGAUGGAGGUGAAGCAGGAGGUGAUGGAGGUGAAGCAGGAGACCCUGGUCCUCACAGUCUCAGACCCUGGUCCUCACAGUCUCAGACCCUGGUCCUCACAGUCUCAGACCCUGGUCCUCACAGUCUCAGACCCUGGUCCUCACAGUCUCAGACCCUGGUCCUCACAGACCCUGGUCCUCACAGUCUCAGACCCUGGUCCUCACAGUCUCAGACCCUGGUCCUCACAGUCUCAGACCCUGGUCCUCACAGUCUCAGACCCUGGUCCUCACAGUCCCAGACGCUGGUCCUCACAGACCCUGGUCCUCACAGUCCCAGACCCUGGUCCUCACAGUCUCAGACCCUGGUCCUCACAGUCCCAGACCCUGGUCCUCACAGUCUCAGACCCUGGUCCUCACAGUCACAGACCCUGGUCCUCACAGUCUCAGACCCUGGUCCUCACAGUCACAGACCCUGGUCCUCACAGUCUCAGACCCUGGUCCUCACAGUCUCAGACCCUGGUCCUCACAGUCUCAGACCCUGGGCCUCACAGUCUCAGACCCUGGUCCUCACAGUCACAGACCCUGGUCCUCACAGUCCCAGACCCUGGUCCUCACAGUCACAGACCCUGGUCCUCACAGUCUCAGACCCUGGUCCUCACAGUCCCAGACCCUGGUCCUCACAGUCUCAGACCCUGGUCCUCACAGUCACAGACCCUGGUCCUCACAGUCACAGACCCUGGUCCUCACAGUCUCAGACCCUGGUCCUCACAGUCUCAGACCCUGGUCCUCACAGUCUCAGACCCUGGUCCUCACAGUCUCAGACCCUGGGCCUCACAGUCUCAGACCCUGGUCCUCACAGUCACAGACCCUGGUCCUCACAGUCUCAGACCCUGGCCCUCACAGUCUCAGACCCUGGUCCUCACAGUCCCAGACCCUGGUCCUCACAGUCCCAGACCCUGGUCCUCACAGUCUCAGACCCUGGUCCUCACAGUCACAGACCCUGGUCCUCACAGUCUCAGACCCUGGUCCUCACAGUCUCAGACCCUGGUCCUCACAGUCCCAAACCCUGGUCCUCACAGUCUCAGACCCUGGUCCUCACAGUCUCAGACCCUGGUCCUCACAGUCUCAGACCCUGGUCCUCUCAGACCCUGGUCCUCACAGUCACAGACCCUGGUCCUCACAGACCCUGGUCCUCACAGUCACAGACCCUGGUCCUCACAGUCCCAGACCCUGGUCCUCACAGUCCCAGACCCUGGUCCUCACAGUCCCAGACCCUGGUCCUCACAGUCCCAGACCCUGGUCCUCACAGUCUCAGACCCUGGUCCUCACAGUCCCAGACCCUGGUCCUCACAGUCUCAGACCCUGGUCCUCACAGUCACAGACCCUGGUCCUCACAGUCUCAGACCCUGGUCCUCACAGUCUCAGACCCUGGUCCUCACAGUCCCAGACCCUGGUCCUCUCAGACCCUGGUCCUCACAGUCCCAGACCCUGGUCCUCACAGACCCUGGUCCUCACAGUCCCAGACCCUGGUCCUCACAGACCCUGGUCCUCACAGUCCCAGACCCUGGUCCUCCCAGACCCUGGUCCUCACAGUCCCAGACCCUGGACCUCACAGUCCCAGACCCUGGUCCUCACAGUCCCAGACCCUGGUCCUCACAGUCUCAGACCCUGGUCCUCACAGUCCCAGACCCUGGUCCUCACAGUCUCAGACCCUGGUCCUCACAGUCUCAGACCCUGGUCCUCACAGUCCCAGACCCUGGUCCUCACAGUCUCAGACCCUGGUCCUCACAGUCCCAGACCCUGGUCCUCACAGUCCCAGACCCUGGUCCUCCCAGACCCUGGUCCUCACAGUCCCAGACCCUGGUCCUCACAGUCCCAGACCCUGGUCCUCACAGUCUCAGACCCUGGUCCUCACAGUCUCAGACCCUGGUCCUCACAGUCUCAGACCCUGGUCCUCACAGUCUCAGACCCUGGUCCUCACAGUCUCAGACCCUGGUCCUCACAGUCUCAGACCCUGGUCCUCACAGUCUCAGACCCUGGUCCUCACAGUCUCAGACCCUGGUCCUCACAGUCCCAGACCCUGGUCCUCACAGUCCCAGACCCUGGUCCUCACAGUCUCAGACCCUGGUCCUCACAGUCUCAGACCCUGGUCCUCACAGUCCCAGACCCUGGUCCUCACAGUCCCAGACCCUGGUCCUCACAGUCUCAGACCCUGGUCCUCACAGUCACAGACCCUGGUCCUCACAGACCCUGGUCCUCACAGUCUCAGACCCUGGUCCUCACAGUCCCAGACCCUGGUCCUCACAGUCUCAGACCCUGGUCCUCACAGUCCCAGACCCUGGUCCUCACAGUCCCAGACCCUGGUCCUCACAGUCCCUGGUCCUCACAGUCCCAGACCCUGGUCCUCACAGUCCCAGACCCUGGUCCUCACAGUCUCAGACCCUGGUCCUCACAGUCUCAGACCCUGGUCCUCACAGUCUCAGACCCUGGUCCUCACAGUCUCAGACCCUGGUCCUCACAGUCCUCACAGAGUCACAGGUCCUCACAGAGUCACAGGUCCUCACAGAGUCACAGGUCCUCCCAGAGUCACAGGUCCUCACAGAGUCACAGGUCCUCCCAGAGUCACAGGUCCUCACAGAGUCACGGGUCCUCCCAGAGUCACAGGUCCUUACAGGUCCUCACAGAGUCAGAAGUCCUCACAGAGUCACAGGUCCUUACAGGUCCUCACAGGUCCUCACAGAGUCACGGGUCCUCCCAGAGUCACAGGUCCUUACAGGUCCUCACAGAGUCACAGGUCCUCACAGAGUCAGAAGUCCUCACAGAGUCACAGGUCCUCACAGAGUCAGAAGUCCUCACAGAGUCACAGGUCCUCACAGAGUCAGAAGUCCUCCCAGAGUCACAGGUCCUCACAGAGUCACGGGUCCUCCCAGAGUCACAGGUCCUUACAGGUCCUCACAGAGUCACAGGUCCUCACAGAGUCAGAAGUCCUCACAGAGUCACAGGUCCUUACAGGUCCUCACAGAGUCAGAAGUCCUCACAGAGUCACAGGUCCUCACAGAGUCAGAAGUCCUAACAGAGUCUCAGGUCCUCACAGAGUCACAGGUCCUUACAGGUCCUCACAGGUCCUCACAGAGUCACAGGUCCUUACAGGUCCUCACAGAGUCACAGGUCCUUACAGGUCCUCACAGAGUCACAGGUCCUUACAGGUCCUCACAGGUCCUCACAGAGUCACAGGUCCUUACAGGUCCUCACAGGUCCUCACAGAGUCACAGGUCCUUACAGGUCCUCACAGAGUCACAGGUCCUCCCAGAGUCACAGGUCCUCCCAGAGUCACAGGUCCUCCCAGAGUCACAGGUCCUCCCAGAGUCACAGGUCCUUACAGGUCCUCCCAGAGUCACAGGUCCUUACAGGUCCUCCCAGAGUCACAGGUCCUCCCAGAGUCACAGGUCCUCACAGAGUCACAGGUCCUCCCAGAGUCACAGGUCCUUACAGGUCCUCCCAGAGUCACAGGUCCUCACAGAGUCAGAAGUCCUCACAGAGUCACAGGUCCUCACAGAGUCAGAAGUCCUCACAGAGUCACAGGUCCUCACAGAGUCAGAAGUCCUCACAGAGUCACAGGUCCUCACAGAGUCACAGGUCCUCACAGAGUCACAGGUCCUCACAGAGUCAGAAGUCCUCACAGAGUCACAGGUCCUCACAGAGUCAGAAGUCCUCACAGAGUCACAGGUCCUCACAGAGUCAGAAGUCCUCACAGAGUCACAGGUCCUCACAGAGUCACAGGUUCAACAGUUCAGCGGCGCCACAGCCAUUCGGUCCACCGCCAUCCACCGCCAUGACACCAAAGCCUGGGGCCCGGGGGGGAGGAGCGGCCCCCGGGGAGAGAAACCCUAA